UGCUUCUGACAUAUACGAAGGCAUUUGGCAGCGAAAGAUAGGAAGAGAAGAGAAAAAAAAAGGAAAAUAAAAGUAAAGAAAUCGAACCCUUAAUUUCUCUCCUCUUUCUCCCUGACUCGCAGCUUUCCAAACCGUAAAUCUGAGCUUUCAAGCAUGUCUCCUUCGGAAUUAUCUGGAAAUUCUCUUAUACCAAGCUUCCUGUACUCCUAUUCUUCUCCUCAUAAUCACCUCUCUAGCUCCACGCCUCUCGAUGCACCUCCUUCCUCCACCAGGCGGAGCUUCUUUGUGCCGGCUCCCAGCGAACCUGGCAAGAUUGAGAUGUAUUCCCCUGCAUUUUACGCCGCCUGUACCGCCGGCGGUAUCCUCAGUUGUGGACUGACUCACACGGCCGUCACUCCUCUCGAUCUCGUCAAGUGUAAUAUGCAGAUUGAUCCUGCAAAGUACAAGAGUAUAUCGUCUGGUUUUGGAGUUCUUCUCAAGGAGCAAGGACUGAAGGGCUUCUUCAGGGGAUGGGUACCUACCCUCCUUGGUUACAGUGCUCAGGGAGCUUGCAAGUUUGGAUUUUAUGAGUUUUUCAAGAAGUACUACUCUGACCUUGCUGGUCCAGAGUAUGCUGCUAAAUAUAAGACCUUAGUCUACCUUGCUGGCUCUGCAUCUGCUGAGGUGAUUGCUGAUGUAGCACUUUGCCCCUUUGAGGCAGUGAAGGUUCGUGUUCAAACUCAGCCUGGCUUUGCGAGAGGUCUGUCUGAUGGACUUCCUAAAUUUGUCAAAUCUGAGGGUGCUCUUGGUUUGUAUAAGGGUCUUCUUCCGCUCUGGGGACGUCAAAUUCCAUACACGAUGAUGAAAUUUGCUUCAUUUGAGACCAUUGUUGAGAUGAUCUACAAGUAUUCCAUCCCAACUCCAAAGGACCAAUGCAGCAAAUCUCUGCAACUUGGUGUGAGUUUUGCUGGUGGUUAUGUUGCUGGUGUCUUCUGUGCUAUCGUGUCUCAUCCUGCUGACAAUCUUGUCUCUUUCCUGAACAAUGCUAAAGGGGCAACUGUUGGUGAUGCUGUGAAGAAGCUAGGUUUGUGGGGACUUUUCACCCGUGGACUUCCUCUUCGUAUUGUCAUGAUUGGAACACUCACUGGAGCCCAGUGGGGCAUUUAUGAUGCAUUCAAGGUUUUUGUGGGACUGCCAACCACUGGUGGAGUUGCUCCUGCUGCUGCUCCUGCAACUGAGCUUGCAAAGGUGUAAAACAUUGAUUAAUGGAAUACUUAUCUUGGAUAGGAUUAAUAAACAGGAUUGCUAAAGGUGCUUGAGUGGCACUCAAGUAGGAGUAUUCAGAACUUGUUUUGCCGAGGAUGGUUUUUCUCACACCCUGGAUUUCAAAAACUUGUGUAGUUAGAUGAUAUAUGAAAUUUCACUUGGAUGCUAAGAUGAGAGUUUUCCUCUGUCGAGAAUAAAACGCAGCCGUAGCUGCCAAGAUAUUCAAAAGCAUGCUUGUUGGAUUAUCAGAACAAUUGAUUUCUACAUGUUGCUUUGUUUA